AUGGCGGGCAAAAAGAAGAUUGCGAUUAUGACGUCGGGUGGUGACUCGCCCGGCAUGAACGGUGUCGUGCGUGCCUGUGUCCGCAUGGCCAUCCAUAUGGGCUGCGAGGCCUAUUGCGUCUACGAGGGCUACGAAGGUCUUGUUCGUGGAGGCAACUUCAUUCGCAGGAUGCAAUGGCUCGAUGUGCGUGGGUGGCUGUCUGAGGGCGGCACGUUGAUCGGCACCGCCCGCUGUAUGGCCUUCUUCGAACGCGCGGGCCGUCUCGCUGCUGCAAAGAACCUGGUCGCCGAGGGCAUCGAUGCGCUCAUCAUUUGCGGCGGAGACGGUUCGCUUACAGGAGCUGAUAGAUUUCGCGCCGAAUGGCCUUCGCUGAUCCAGGAACUCGAGGACACCGGCGUGUACACGGCCCUACAACUCCAGCCCUACCGACACCUGAACAUCGUCGGCUUGGUCGGGUCUAUCGACAAUGACCUCUCCGGGACAGACGCCACCAUCGGCUGUUACUCGGCCCUCGCGCGGGUCUGCUACGCCGUCGAUCUCAUCGAAGCCACCGCCUCGUCGCAUUCUCGAGCAUUCGUCGUCGAGGUUAUGGGGAGACAUUGCGGGUGGUUGGCAUUGAUGGCUGGUGUUGCGACUGGCGCAGAUUUCAUCUUCAUCCCGGAGAAGCCUAGGGAGGAUAACUGGCGAGAAGAAAUGUGUGGAGUUGUCGAACAUCACCGGAAACUCGGAAGGCGCAAGACCAUUGUCAUCAUCGCCGAGGGUGCUCUCGAUAGGGAGGGCAACAAGAUCACUUCUGAGAUGGUGAAGGAUCUGCUUGCCGACAAGAAGGGCCUCGGCCUCGAUACCCGCAUCACAACUCUCGGCCAUGUUCAGCGUGGCGGAACCGCCGUCGCGUACGACCGGAUGCUCGCGACCCUGCAGGGUGUGGAAGCCGUCAAGGCUGUCCUAGAAGCUACACCAGAGACACCCACAUGCGUCAUUACUAUCAACGAGAACAAGAUCGUCAGGAAGGGGCUCAUUGAGGCCGUACAGGAAACCAAGAUGGUGGCUAAGGCGAUAGAGAACCAGGACUUUGAUCGCGCCAUGGGGCUACGCGACACCGAGUUCUCAGAACAGUACAGGUCUUUCAUGAUGACAACAGCAGUCCAGGUGAACAAGAAAAUGCAGGUCCCUGAAAAAGACCGCAUGAAAAUCGGGUUCAUCAAUGUCGGCGCUCCCGCCGGCGGCAUGAACGCCGCAGUUCGUGCCGGUGUGGCGUACUGCUUGUCCCGGGGUCACGAGCCGAUUGCCAUCUACAACGGAUUUGCUGGGUUUGCCCGGCAUCACGGAGACUCCCCUCUCGGCGCUGUCCGCCCUUUCGACUGGCUCGAAGUCGACGGCUGGGCGAGCAAAGGCGGUUCGGAGAUAGGUACAAACCGCGAGCUCCCCAGCGAGUCUGGCAUGGAGACCAUCGCCGAUCUGAUCGAGCAGUACAAAUUUGAUGCACUGUUCCUCAUCGGCGGCUUCGAGGCCUUCCACGCCGUUUGCCAGCUGCGGAAGGCCAGGGAACAGUUUCCUUCCCUCUGCAUCCCCAUCACGCUCCUCCCCGCAACCAUCUCCAACAACGUGCCCGGCACCGAGUAUUCGCUCGGCUCAGAUACAUGCCUCAACGAGCUGGUCGAGUAUUGCGACAAAAUCAAGCAGUCGGCGUCGGCCACGCGCCGCCGUGUCUUCGUCAUCGAGACCCAGGGCGGCCGCUCCGGCUAUGUCGCUACGCUUGGGGGUCUGGGCGUUGGCGCCACCGCCGUGUACACGCCCGAGGAGGGCGUCAGCCUGGAGAUGCUCGCGGCCGACGUGCGCCACCUCAAGAAGGUCUUUGCUCAAGACCAGGGCCAGUCCCGCGCAGGUCGUCUUAUCCUUAUCAACGAGAAGGCCUCCAAGGUGUACAACGCCCGCCUCAUCGCCGAGAUCCUCCGCGAGGAAGCCCACGGCCGAUUCGAGAGCCGGGCGCUAGGCGUCGUCUUCACUCCGGUAGCCAAGGUCGAGGAGGAGAAAACCGACUGCCCCACCCGUCGCCCCAAGGCUGAGUUCUGGUUGGAAAUGAAGGACAUUGGCGAUAUCCUGCCCGGCCGGCCCAAGUACGUCCCGCGGGAAUCCGACCUGACGGGGAUCAAGCCCAAGGAUGUGAAGAGGGGUAUCGAGGGUUUUUAA